AUGUCGGUCCAGACUACAACACAAAACAUGGACAAUACGGAAGCAUCGUGUCCAAAAUGCGUGUUCGACCGCCUGCCACCGGAAAUGAUCCGGUUCAUAUUCCGGAAGCAGUCCACUGACGAUCUUCUGCAGGCGUCGGCCACCACCGACCGAUUGUACCGGGUGGCCCAGCACCACAUGUACUCGUCGGAACGAGCGCUGCUCGUGCGCGGUGGCCAAGACACGGCGGCCACGGUGACGCGGACGUUUGACGUGCGGAACGUAAAGUCGCUGUACCUGGUGGAUGUGUACGACUUUGACCGGGACGUGCCCCGGCAACUGAGGCGGUGUGACGACACCGGCGAAGACGCCGGUGAUGAAAGCGGUGAAGACGUCAGUGAAGGAGUCAGUGAAGACGGUGACGAAGACUGCGGUGAACAUAGUGACGACGACGAUAACGAGCGUAGCGAUGGUGAUAAAUUUGGCCGAACCACGUCACCCGCGUUGGAAGUGUUGCACGUGGGUUACGGUCGGGACGUAAACUACGCAGAUCUACCGGUCGAAGGUCUGCGACGGUUGUUGUCCGCCGUCCGCGCCCGUCGAGUGUGCUUCAGCAAUGUGGUGAUGACAGCCAACGACGUGGCCGACGCGGUGUCUGCCAUGCUUGAAGCCCACGAAGGUUGCGACGACGUAGUCGUCAAUGACAGCAACGACAACAAUGGCGACGACGAUGACGACGACGAUGACGGCGGCGGCGGCAGCGACAGUGACAGUGACGACGGUAGCGAGGGCGGUGACGACAUCGACAACCGGCCGCCGGUGCUCAGGUGCUCGCAUGACCGCGCAGACGACAAUCGUGUGAUCGAGCUCAUGGACGACGUGGAACGCACGUGCGCCGGUCUGCUGUCCGAGUUCAGGGUGACGAUUCGGCGGCCAGCGCCACACGCGUACGCCGUCUACCCGAUGUCCCGGUGCGGGAGCGCGGCCUCCGUCACCGACUGGGACGACACGGCCACCACAGCAGACGCAGCUGCAGCCGUGGCCGCUGAGACACCCGAAGACCUGCUCGCCCUCACCGCGUCCGACUGUUCCGGACUGGGCCCGGCCGCGUACAAGCGGUUGGUGCCGGCGUGUCCCCGGUUGCGCCGGUUGACCAUGAAGGCAGCGCGGCAAGUGGACGACGACGGGUUCGCGGCAGUAGCUGGGAUGCAUUCACUUCAACACCUCGACAUGGAAGGCAUGUCUGAAGUCACAUCCGACGGCCUGCUCAGCGGUCUCGUGAGCGCCACCGGACUGCAAUCACUGGGCCUGGCCGACUGCCCUUACGUGACGGACGAUGUCCUGCGCCGGAUCGGCGAGAUAAGGCAGCUGCGCAACCUUCGGCUGGACCUGACCUACUGUGACAAGACGACGGCGGCCGGGGUGACAGACAUGCUGUCCGGCUGCGAACGACUCCGCGAUCUGGACCUGACGCUGCCGCUGAAUGCCGACUACGUGGCCGCGGCCGCGUCUGCAAGCCACCUGGACCAGCUCCGGACGUUCCGGCUGACGUUCGAGAGGCUAUCUUUUCAAGACCACCUGGACGACCAGCCGACCGACGCUGACUGGCAACGGUCGCUGGCCGCCGGUUUUCGAGACGACGUCGAGUUCAGCGUCCGGCAAACGUUCACCAAGAUCACCGUGACGGUCGACUGACCGGUUGUGAGCACCAGAUGAUCACAGUGACAGUGACAGCAUCACCAUCGUUUGUUCACGCCCACCAUUUACCUCUUCACCAUCUAGUGAGGUGAUCGGCGUGCGAGUAACACACAAAGUCCGACUGAGUAUUGGUACCGGUAAAGAACGAAAACGGUUUCAGAUACCAUAAUUAAUACCAUCGUGUACCGGAUUAGGGUCAUGAAGACUGGGUGAAAUGAGAUUGGUGUGCAGCAGGGUAUACUUUAACUUUCUGAUUUUUGUAAUUAAUUAAAAUAUUAAAAUAUAUUUUUAAAAAAUGUAUGCAAAUAAUGUAAAUAUACAUAAGACAUACAAUAUUUGCUACAAAGAAGAAAAAGCUAUGUGGAGCUGAAAAAAAAUUGGCCUGCAAUUGCACACGUUGGCACCUCUUUUGCAAAAAAACUCAAAUGGAGUCACAGAUUCUGAGAACUGCCUGAGAUAAGGUUACGAUGGUUGGGUGGCAAUGAUGAGAAAACUUCCAUCCGUUUAUGUACCCAUCACCCAAAAGACUGUCAUCAACCGAUAAAUGGUUCAUCGAGUUUGAUCGACAUCGAUGUCGAUUGUCACGCACGUCCGGUUCCGAUUUAUUGUAUAGUGCUCGUCCUACCGAUUUGCGAGAUCGAUCGGAACGGCGACACACGUGAUUUAAAUGCUGUCGCACACACCGGAAGUGCACUAUACGGUCUUGAACUAAAUUGUAACUUGUAAAUAAUACACACUCAUUAUUACUC